AUGGUCUCUAACACACCCUUUCAUGGCGAGGACUAUGAUAAUGCGGGACUGAAUAUGUUCCUUGUGUUAGAUCCUGGAACACAAUUAUCUGAAGUGUUUCUUGCCAAAUCAUUUUCUUUCACUAGGAGUAUUGUCUCCAGUGCUGAAAAUGGCUUUUCUUGUCAUUCAAUGUGGACGAGAUUUCUGCUUGCAAUUGUGUUAUCCAAUAUUGUUUUCCUGCCUGUGUGUUAUGGUGCAAUUCGAGUUGAGGACCUUGAGAGAAGACUUAGAAUUACUGAAGGUCACAUUGAAGCAGGGAGGCUUUUGGCAUUUUACCAGGUACCAAAGCCAUUAAACUUUUUCCUAGGUGCUGAGUUGGAUGAAAAGGGUGUUAAACAGAUUAUACGUCUCAUUCUUUCUAAGUUUAUUCGCCGUCAGCCUAGCCGAUCAGAUAGUGAAUGGGCGAGCAUGUGGCGAGAUAUGCAGUCUUUGAGGGAAAAGGCAUUUCCUUUUCUGGACCUGGAGUAUAUUUUGACUGAAUUUUGUAGAGGACUGCUCAAAGCUGGAAAGUUUUCUCUUGCUAGAAAUUACUUGAAGGGGACAAGUUCAGUUGCUUUGGCGUCUGAGAAGGCUGAAAACCUUGUCAUUCAAGCAGCUAGGGAGUACUUUUUCUCAGCUUCAAGUCUUUCUUGCUCUGAAAUCUGGAAGGCCAGAGAAUGUCUUAAUCUAUAUCCGAGUAGUGGAAAUGUAAAGGCAGAGGCAGAUAUUAUUGAUGCACUUACCGUUAAACUUCCAAACCUUGGGGUGAAUAUUCUGCCCAUGCAAUUCAGGCAAAUUAAAGAUCCUAUGGAAAUUAUAAAAAUGGCAAUCACAAAUCAAAGUGGAGCAUAUUUUCAUGUUGAUGAACUUAUUGAGGUUGCAAGACUUCUUGGCUUAAGGUCUGCUGAUGACAUAUCAGCUGUUGAGGAAGCUAUUGCUAGAGAGGCUGCAGUUUCUGGUGAUUUACAAUUGGCAUUUGAUCUUUGUCUUGGUUUGGCCAGAAAGGGACAUGGUACCAUAUGGGAUUUAUGUGCUGCAAUUGCAAGAGGUCCUGCCCUUGAUAAUAUGGAUGUGGACUCUCGAAAGCAGCUAUUAGGAUUUGCUUUAAGCCACUGUGAUGAGGAAUCUAUUGGUGAGCUUCUCCAUGCAUGGAAAGAUCUAGAUAUGCAAGGGCAGUGUGAAAUAUUGAUGAUAUCAACAGGGACAAAUCCUUCCAAAUUUUCGGUGCAAGGCUCAUCAUCUCUAAACUCACUUCCAAAACAAAGUUUUCAAAAUAUACUAGAUGGAAAUGAUUGCUUCCAGGAGUUUGAUAAUAUUGGUGCUGACAAUCAGGAUGUUCAUCUUGAGAAAACUAGAGAUGAGCUUUCCAUAGUUGCAAAAACCUUGGCUAUUGGGGAUCGAACUGAUUGGGCAUCAAUCUUGACUGAAAAUGGGAAAGUUCUGUCUUUUGCUGAUUCACAGCUCCCUUGGUUGAUUGAAUUAAGUAAGAAAGGAGAGCAUCAUAAAAAACUUAUUACUGGAAAGCAAUAUCUAAAUAUCAGAACACAAGCUGUGGUAACCAUUUUGUCCUGGUUGGCAAGAAAUGGAUUUGCUCCGAGAGACAAUCUGAUUGUCUCUCUAGCAAAAUCAACUAUGGAACCACCAGUCACCGAAGAGGAAGACAUAAUGGGGUGCUCCUAUCUUCUGAAUCUUGUGGAUGCCUUCACUGGGGUAGAAGUUAUAGAAGAACAACUCAAAAUAAGAAAAGACUAUCAAGAUAUUUGUAGUAUCAUGAAUGUUGGGAUGGCGUACAGCUUACUCCACAACUCUGGAAUAAAGACUGAUCCUUCGCAACGAAAGGAGCUAUUAAAGAGGAGGUUUAAGAAAAAGCAGGCAUCACCCAGUUCUGAUGAUAUGGAUAAACUUGGCAAGGUACAGUCCUCAUUUUGGAGAGAGUGGAAAUUGAAGUUAGAAGAGCAAAAACGUCUCACUGAGCAUUCCAGAGCACUAGAGAAAAUAAUUCCUGGGGUUGAGACAGAGCGCUUUUUGUCCAGGGAUUCCAUCUAUAUUGAGAAUGUUGUUAUCUCUCUCAUUGAGUCAGUAAAGUUAGAAAGAAAGCACAUUUUGAAGGACAUUUUAAAGUUGGCUGACACUUAUGACCUGAACUGUACUGAGGUGCUAGUGCGUUACCUAAGUGCUGUCCUUGUUUCUGAUACUUGGAGCAAUGAUGAUAUUACAGCUGAAGUUGCAGGUUAUAAAGGGGAAAUAAUUGGUAAUAGUGAGAAAACCAUUGAAACCAUCUCAACAAUUGUAUACCCUGCAAUUGAUGGGUGUAACAAACUUCGCCUUGCUUAUGUGUAUGGCUUGUUAUCGGAGUGCUACUUGCUACUGGAAACUACCAAAGAUUUAUCACCAAUAGUUCAGGUUGAUCAUGUAAAUGCCAAUCUAAGCUUAGCUCAAUAUUACAAGGUCAUCGAGCAAGAAUGUAAAAAUGUAUCCUUUAUCACUAACCUGAACUUCAAAAAUAUUGCUGGGCUACAUGGUUUGAACUUUGAGUGCUUUAGUGAUGAAGUUUAUGCAUGUAUUGAGGAAAGUAGCUUGUCAGCUUUGUCACAAAUGGUACAGACUCUUGUCAGUAUUUAUGGUGACUCAUUGCCUGAUGGUUUCAUGUCAUGGCAGGAUAUCUACAAGUAUUACGUCCUAAGUUUACUGAAAACAUUGGAGACUAAAGUUACUACUGAUUCUAGCAUUAGAACUCCUGAAUACCUGCAAGGCUUUAUAAACAAGCUUGAGCAGAGUUAUGAUUUGUGCCGAGUGUAUAUUAGGCUUUUAAGCCAGUCUGAUGCUUUGGGGAUCAUGAAGCAGUAUUUCACUAUAAUCAUACCUUUCUACGGUUCAUAUGGACUCCUACCUGACAAUUCAACAUGGCAAGAGUGCCUUAUUGUUCUUCUGAACUUUUGGAUGAGGUUGACUGAUGAUAUGGAGGAAAUUGCAUUGGAGGAAAAUUCAGGACAAACUAGUUGCUUCAAUCCACAAUGUUUAAUGAGUUGUCUGAAGGUUUUUAUGAAAUUGGUGAUGGAAGAUAUCAUCUCCCCUAGUCAGGGCUGGGGCAGCAUGUAUGGCUAUGUCAUUUGCGGCUUAAAUGGUGAUUCUUCUGCAGAAAUUUAUAAUUUCUGCAGAGCUAUGAUUUUUUCUGGUUGUGGGUUUGGUGCCGUAGCAGAGGUUUUUUCUGUUGCAUCAUCAGAAACUGGUUCAGCUUCUGAUUGUGGCACAGGUUCCCAGGAUCUUCCUCGUUUUUAUUUACAUAUUCUCGAAGCUGUUCUGUCUGAAUUGAUCAGUGGAUCCCAUGAGAGCCAGAACCUGUUUCAUAUAUUGUCUUCUUUAAGCAAGCUAGAAGAUGAUCUAAAAGUUAUGCAAUGUGUUAGACAUGUAAUUUGGGAAAGAAUGGUCCAGUUCUCUGACAAUUUGCAGUUGCCAAGUUCUGUCAGGGUUUUUGUGCUAGAGCUAAUGCAAUUUAUCUCGGGUAAAAACAUUAAGGGUUUCUCUACAGAAAUACUAGCUAAUGUUCAACCAUGGGAAGAAUGGAAUGAAUUGAUUUAUGCUGGUAGAAAGAGUGAGACCGAUGUUGACAAGUCUUUGCCAGAUCACAAAGACUCUUCUAGUAGGGUUACAAAUACUUUGGUUGCUCUUAAAUCAUCUCAGCUUGUGGCCUCAAUCUCUCCUAGAAUAGAAAUUACCCCUGAUGAUCUAUUGAAUGCAGACACGGCUGUGUCUUGCUUUAUGGGGUUGUGUGGAGAAGCUAGUGAAGAUCUUCACUUUGAUGCUCUGCUGACUAUUUUGGAAGAGUGGGAUGGACUUUUCACCGCAGGGAAAGAUGGAGAAACCAUUGCUGAAGCACCUGAUGGUGGAAAUGACUGGAAUAAUGAUGAUUGGGACGAGGGAUGGGAAAGCCUCGAGGAAGUAGACAAUCCUGAGAAAGAGAAGAAGAUAGAAGACUCUGUUUUUGUUCACCCUUUGCAUGUGUGUUGGACGGAGAUAUUCAGAAAAUUCAUUAGCCUAUCAAGGUUCAGUGAUGUGCUGAGACUUAUUGAUCAAUCAUCAUUAAAACCUAAUGCUAUGUUACUUGAUGAAAAUGAUGCCUGCAGCUUAAUCCAGAUGGCAUUAGGCAUUGAUUGCAUUCUGGCUUUGAAGAUGGCAUUAUUGCUACCUUACAAAACAUUGCAGUUGGAGUGUCUGGGUGCAGUUGAGGAAAGCACAAGACAAGGCAUCCCUCAAACAAGGGGCAAGGACUAUGAGUUAUUAAUUCUCAUUUUAUCUUCUGGAAUUCUCACGUAUAUCAUCACUGACUCUACCUAUGGUUCUAUUUUCUCUUAUACCUGCUAUUUGGUUGGAAAUUUAUCCAAUCAAUGUCAACAAGCUCUGGUGUCAUGUAGAGGAAUUCACAACAAUGAAGAUCAUGAAAAUCAGUUACUUCUUUUCACAAGGAUCCUUUUCCCUAAUUUCAUUUCAGAACUUGUGAAGGCUGAUCAACAUAUUCUAGCUGGAUUUCUUGUCACAAAAUUUAUGCACAGUAAUGAAUCACUUAGUCUCAUUAACAUUGCCGGGGCUAGUCUUAAUAGGUAUCUGGAAAUGCAGCUUCACAUGCUACAGGUCAACGAGUUCCCUGUUGAGAAGACAUGUAAAACAUUGAAAAAUACCGUUGGCCGUUUGAGAGGCAAACUUAGUAGUUUCAUUCAAUCCAUAUUGCCAUCGCUUUCUGCUAGUAGCGAGUACCGAACAUAUAUAUCUACGCGCGAAAAUGAUGCAAUAAUAAUAUUAUAUUACACAAUAAAUGCAGCUGUCGUUGCUUAUUGCAUUCCUAGUCAGACACAGCAAUUAACGAAAAUGGGUGUUAUUGUUGCAUGA